AUGGAUAACAAACAAGACUGUGAUACAGCCGUCACUUUAUUUGAAAGGGUAACAAGUGUGAACUUUGUAUCUAAAUCACUACUUGGUGUUGGUAAUAAACAAAGAGUGCAAAAAUGUCGCGAUUAUUUCCUUCCGAAUCUUAAUAGCUUUCGUGAUAUCAAAGUCACUUCACAAAUCGUAAGAAACGACAUGACAAACAGACAACAAAUGGCUCUCACACAAAGGAUCAUUAGCAAGCGGAAGAAAAAGGAAAUAUUACACCAAACCUGGUCAGGGCAGAAAGCUUAA